ACCGCCUCGUGACGCUGUUGUGAACGAACAAGAGAACGUGCGAGUUUAAUCAGUCAAACGCUUACAAGUCCGAACAGCUGCGUAUAAAUGUUACAAUCAUCUUCAAGGUGAAUCGGGAACAGAUGCGGAAGUGUUUGAUAUAAAAAUGUGUAGCGGUUAUCCGACGCCCGUGUACGCUCACGCCGGUCGCGGGGACUUCCGGGACGUGUACGAGCCGGCCCAGGACUCGUUCCUGCUGAUAGACGCGCUGGAGACAGACGCAGAGAGGCUGCGGGGGAUGAGCCCGUCUGUGUGCCUGGAGGUCGGCAGCGGGUCAGGGGUCGUGUCUGCGUUUGUCGCUUCAGUGCUCGGACCUUCAGCUGCCUACAUCUGCAGUGAUGUGAAUCCUGCCGCUGCUCAGUGCACAGCAAAGACCGCUUCCUGUAACAACGUUUCACUGCAGCCGGUCCUCACAGACCUGGUGGAGUGUUUUCUGCCUCGGCUGUGUGGGAAGGUCGACGUCCUCCUCUUCAACCCUCCAUAUGUGGUCACACCUUCAGAGGAGGUCAGCAGCAGAGGUAUAGAAGCUGCCUGGGCUGGUGGAGAGCGAGGGAGAGAGGUGACCGACCGCUUUCUUCCAUCUGUUGCUCAGUUGCUGUCCCAUAAAGGCUUGUUUUACCUCAUCACCAUCACUGAGAAYGACCCAGAGGAGAUCAUCAGGUUAUUGAGCCAUCAGGGCCUGGAGGGAGAGUCAUGCUUGUCCACCAGAGCUGGGAAUGAAAGGUUGUCGGUUCUGCGCUUCCACAGAAAACAGCAAACAUGAGUCCCAACUAGAGACGUUCAAACGAUCCUCCUUACAAACAAUAGGAGCCGACUCGCUGGCAGUGAAGAGCCAUUUGUAGUUGAAUUUUUUUAUUCCUUGUUAAUCUUUAUUUUUCAUCCUUAAACACGGAGACAGUCACUCCCGCUUCGCUUUUUUCCUGGAAACCAGGCAGAGCGGUGGAAUACAGCAGCUUGGGGGGGAAAGAGGAAGGGGUCUCUGCUUGACUGAACUCACGGUUCCACCCAUGUGAUGUGAUGAUGUAACUUGUUCAAAAUCAAACAGCUCCKCAACAUCUGGAUCCCUUCAAAGAGCAAUUUAUUUCAUCCCAGUCCUGUGGAUGGAUACAUCCAUUUUUUGGACAUAAUUUCAGCCAAAUCAGUUUGUGUUUGUUAGUGAGAAAGAAGUGCUGUCAUCACAUYGUUCUCCUUCAGUUGCUCUGUAUCGCUGCCUCCAUUUAUUCACAACACUGUAGUCGUUCUUCAGGUGAUGCUGAAAUCAAAUUGAUCUAAAAGCCUCAGUAUUUUUCUCGUGAACGCUCACAGAUUUGACAAAUGCUUUACGCCUGAUGCCCUUCCAGAUGCAAACUUGAACCUGCAGCCUCUGCAUUCCAGGACCUCGACUCUGACCACUGAGCCCCCGCAGCACUGUGCACAAUAACUUUGUAUUUAGUCCAGAAACUAUCCCUGUGCCUCAGUACAGCAGUUUUCAUGUUUGUUGGUUUAAAAGUUUUUCUCUGAUCAGAAGCAGCAUAUAAAGACAGGCUUGUCUUCUGUGGUCGUGUUUUGUGAAGGUGCUCUGUUUGAUUUGUAUGUAUUGAAAAUGUUUUUUGUUCAGUGUGUAGUCAUGUUGAAAUAAAUGUCCACCUUCACCUGCUU